CGGGCAGAGCGACGUGUGCACGCCCAGAUCCGCUCCCUGAAGCAGCACAGAUCCGCGGGGCCGAGCGGAGAUGUGGAUGAGGAGGUGGAGGUGUAAAAGCAGCUACGAGCGCAAGGCAGAUUUGCGAGGAAUAAUUUAAGUCCGCUGUUUUUUUCCCCCUUCCUUCUCUCUCCUUUCUUUCUCUCUCCUUUUUUUUUUCGCUCAGGAUUUAAAUGUCACUCAGAGCAUCCCCAGACCAGCUCGCUGCUCCUCGCCGCUUCCUCCCGAGGCGCUGAGUCGGCCGCCCGCUGCGCGGGAGCAGCUCGGCGCUUCCCCGCGGAGGAAAUUUGCUCCAUCUCCAGCAGCAACCACUGCUCCUUUUGAUGUUGUGGUACGCCGUGCGCAUGCGCCUCACAUUAGAAUUACUGCACUGGCCAGAAUAAGUUGGAUCUCUUCUUCUCUUCACUGAAACCCUAAAUCACAUCAAAAGCCAAAGGGAUGUUGAGAGUCCGGAAAAAGGGUUACUUUGGGAUUUGGUCAUUCCCUUUAAUAAUAGCGGUGGUGUGUGCACAGAGUGUCAAUGACCCUAGCAAUAUGUCACUGGUAAAAGAGACCGUGGAUAGACUGCUGAAGGGCUAUGACAUUCGCUUGAGGCCAGAUUUUGGAGGUCCCCCAGUGGCUGUUGGCAUGAACAUAGACAUUGCCAGUAUAGACAUGGUAUCGGAAGUCAAUAUGGACUAUACCUUGACAAUGUACUUUCAGCAAGCGUGGAGAGAUAAGAGGCUGUCGUAUAAUGUAAUACCUCUAAAUCUUACUCUGGACAAUAGAGUAGCAGAUCAGCUAUGGGUUCCUGAUACCUAUUUUCUGAAUGACAAGAAGUCAUUUGUACAUGGUGUCACUGUGAAGAACAGAAUGAUCCGUUUGCAUCCAGAUGGGACAGUCCUUUAUGGACUCAGAAUUACAACAACAGCUGCUUGUAUGAUGGACCUACGGAGAUAUCCGCUGGAUGAGCAGAACUGCACGCUGGAGAUUGAGAGCUAUGGCUAUACAACAGAUGAUAUUGAAUUUUAUUGGCGUGGGGGUGAUAAUGCAGUCACAGGAGUGACAAAGAUCGAACUGCCACAGUUUUCCAUCGUAGACUACAAGCUUAUCACCAAGAAUGUUGUUUUCUCUACAGGUGCCUACCCAAGGCUGUCUCUCAGCUUUAAACUUAAGAGAAACAUUGGUUACUUCAUUCUGCAGACCUACAUGCCUUCUAUUCUGAUCACUAUCCUGUCCUGGGUUUCCUUCUGGAUUAAUUAUGAUGCUUCAGCUGCAAGAGUUGCUUUAGGAAUCACAACUGUGCUCACAAUGACAACCAUUAACACCCAUCUUCGAGAGACUCUCCCCAAAAUUCCAUACGUGAAAGCCAUUGACAUGUACCUUAUGGGAUGUUUUGUCUUCGUUUUUAUGGCUCUGCUGGAGUAUGCCUUGGUCAACUACAUCUUCUUUGGCAGGGGACCUCAGCGUCAAAAGAAAGCAGCAGAAAAAGCUGCCAGUGCCAACAAUGAGAAGUUGCGAAUGGAUGUCAAUAAGGACAGAAGAAUAAUUGGCACAUAUCAUUGUCCAGAAAUGUAUUCAACAAAGAUGGAUCCGCAUGAAAACAUUUUGUUGAGCACACUUGAAAUUAAAAAUGAGAUGGCUGCCUCCGAGGCUGUGAUGGGGCUUGGGGACCCUAGAAGCACUAUGCUGGCCUACGAUACGUCAAGCAUCCAGUACCGGAAAGCUGGCUUGCCCAGACACAGCUUUGGUCGCAAUGCCCUGGAGCGACAUGUGGCACAAAAGAAAAGUAGGCUACGGAGACGUGCAUCUCAACUGAAAAUUACCAUCCCUGACUUGACUGACGUAAAUGCCAUAGAUCGAUGGUCGCGCAUAUUCUUCCCUGUUGUUUUUUCCUUCUUCAAUAUUGUCUAUUGGCUUUACUAUGUGAACUAAGAAACAAAGCCACACAGGAAGCAAGAACUGGAUUUCUCUUCAAAUCGGUUGUACAGCCAAAAGUGGGACUUAGAAAAAUUCUAUUCAGGACAAAAAGUUAUUUUAAAACACCUUAGUUGCUGGCCCACUCUAUGGUCUGUUUUAUAGAGUUUUUAUUGUUUCUGCUAAACCGUAAACAUGUUCUUAAGUUGCAGUGUGGACAUAUCCCUCUUUCCAAAAUAUAAGUGCAUUUCAAGUGUGGAGGCAAAUUGGAUUCUGACAAUCAUUUCUCUCUGGCUCUCUCUCACGCUGUCUUUUCCAUUUUAAUACUCAUAUGAGUUUAAUGACAGAAAUUACAAAGAGAGGCAUUUGAGAAACAGGUUUUCGUUUCAACAGCAGUAUGUACUAUUUCCUUGUGAAACUGCAUAUCCAAUACAUGUACAUCUACACUUAAGAGAGUGUGCUAAGAUGUUAUCAUGCUUACAACAAAACUUUACCUUUUGAAUAUGUAAACUUGAAAACAAGUCGUGCCUGUCAUCUUUCCAAGAUACUGAUGAUCAGAGGUUUCCCAGCUGUAUUCAGGUAUUUCCUGUUAUUUUUUGAAAGAACUAAACCUUUGACUGAUAAUGUGAGGGUUGGGUGUUUGCACAGAAGCUGAAGCAAAAAGCACUAGUUUCGUUUGGAUUUUUAAAAGAUAGCAUAUGCUCACAAUCACAAUGGUUAUAGUUGUGAUCAGUAGAGAAAUGUAGCAAUGAUACAAAGGUGGAUCAAACGGUCUUGUCGUGAACGGGUAGAUAUGCUGUUGUUUCCUCUUGGGGAAAGUGAAUCAUUUGUCCAAAGUGCCAAAUGUUGGUCGGCCAAAAAGUAAUUUUCUGGGUGGCUAAAGAAAGCCAAUGAUGUCCUGCCCUUCUAGGGUACAAAAAGGUAGACAGCAAUUCAAAAAUACAGGGCCAGGGAAAGGGAAGACUACACACACACACACACACACACACACACACACACACACACACACACACACACACACACACACACACACACACACACACACACAAAUACAUAUACAUAUAUAUACACACACACACACAAAUACAUAUAUAUAUAUAUACACACACACACACAAAUACAUAUAUAUAUAUAUAUACACACACACACACACAAAUAUAGCGCAAAUGAAUGUUGUCAGUCACAGUACAUACCUUAGUCUAAAAUACUCACGUGGAGUUCUGUGAUUUCUUUCAAAUUUGCAAUCCUUCUAGUGUUAUGCUUGCCACUGAUGUUAUGCUUAAUCAAAUUGGAUGUUAGGUGUUAAAGAGCUCCUGGCUCUUUGAAUAUUGGAGAUCCAACCAUACAUACUUUAAUACAAAAAAAUAAUGACAGUGUGUUUUCUCAAGCUGGAUUAGGCAAUACCAUUUCCCUUUUUGUUUUGUUUAGCUCAAUGCAUUGUUCUCAAGGGAAGGAUUUGGGAAGCAUCACUUUUAAUUACACUCUUGGUAUUUCCUGCUUUAGAGUGACUUCUGUUGGAAAAAAAAAUAGCAAAAUUCAAUUUUGCUUUAGGAAACUUUAAAAUGGAACAUAAUUUUUUCCCAUUCCAUAGGACUUUAUGUUUAUAGGCAAACUAUUCCUAAAGUGUGGGCAAAGUAAAUAGAAUUUGCCAUUUAUUCUGUUGUCAAAACUAUUUUUAUAUAAUGAAAAAAAAAUCACAGGAAUAGUAUAAAAAGUAUAAAUUCCUGAUGGGUUUUAAAAAACCAGAUUCCAGUAUUGUUUGACAGAAAAUACUUAGUGAAGAAAAAGCCACAUCCUGUUGUAUCUCUGCUACUUCUCAUCUGUGCACAGACUUCUGAAAGAAACUGAAAUUCUCAUAUCUUCCAAAUACCAAAGGAGAAUUUUCAGACAGAUGCUUUUUCCCAAUUUAACAAUCUUUUAAGAUGGAUGUGAAGAAUAUUCUUCGUAAAAAGAUUUCUUUAUUUUUUGUUGUUCUUUUAAAAGAAUAAUUUUCUUACAACUUUCUGCUUUUUUUUCACCAUUUAAAGGAAUGACAGCAUAGGAGGAAAACAGUUUUGGGAACUGCCAAGUUUAUUCAAUUAUUUCUGAUUUCGUUUUGACCAUAGCAUAUGCUUAUUUCUGUUUCAAAUGGGAGAGGAUAGUUUUGACCCUGAAAUGAGGUUUGCUGGGCACACACAACGCUUGUUUUUUUCCAGAGGAUGUGUGUGUAUGUUCAAGUAUUGCCUCUAGGGUCAGACUCUGAAAUAUGUAGAGGCAAGCUUUUCAUCAUGUGAUUAACUUUCCAAGUCAAAAUGUUGCUUUUUGUUCACAUACUUAGUUUCUGACUGCAUUUCAUGCACAAAGCAUUAAGCUUCAAAGAUGCAUUUGGAAUUUCAACUGUUAGUUUUGAAUCAUGUUGGAAUUUUUUUCCCAGUUCUAAGAAAAGGAUCCAAAAUUCAGUAUUUCUCUUCAAAGUCUGUUCUUCAAAAAUGGUACCCUUUAUAAUAAAUAAAAGCAGUCUUAUAGUAUUCUUCAAUACAAGUUUUUCUUUCAUUUCACAAAUUGCUUCCAACUCUCUUUUAAUUUCACAGAAACAUACUGUGAAUACUGGAAGCUCAUAGCAUGUUUGUGGUAGAUACACCUCAAAUAUAAAACCUUACAGAGAACAUGUCAUUUUUUGCUUUUGUUUACUGCAUCAACUAUUACAAAAACCACAGAGAUUAAAUCCUAGAACUGCACGUGAAUUUAUCUGAAGUUAUAGUACAAGCCAUACUACUCUCUGAUGUUGCUACUCAGAGAGUGAAAGAAAAUGUCUGGUUUCUGCCCAGGUGUCACUAGGAAAGUUAUAUUAUCUAGGAGGAGGGAGCACUUUUGCUUUUACUGUGUCUUUCUGGCCAUUAAUGUGAUAUAUAAAAAUCAGUGGAAGGGAAGGGUUCUUUCAGAUGGGGAGUGGUUAUCAUGUUGUACUAAGGCUAAACACUGUGAUACAAAGAAGACAGGAGUAAAAAAGACUGACGAGGCACUGUCAAGGAAAAAGGAGAACUCAAGUGCUCAAGUCGGGCACUUACUCCUCUUCUGAGAUGCUUGAGUGUAAGUGGGAAUUAUGCCACCAUACAUGAGAUGUGGUUUUUAUUAUGUGUGCUAUCCUCCAGGUAAAUUAGAAUAAACUUGCUUUUACUUUAGAACUGGCCAAAAAUCAGUAUUGUAGAUCCUUUUACUCCUGUUCAUUGUUGUAAGCUUCAAUAAGUAAAAUAUCAAAGUUAAUAAUUUAGAUAAAGCUUGCAAUAUAGUUACACGUUAUUCUUCUAUUAGACAUGAUAGCCAGCAAUUAAGGUGUUUUUCAUCUUUGUGAAAUUCAUUGGCAAAUUCUGACUAUAACAUGGCACAGUUUUAAUGAAGUCUUUGAGAUCAGUCUGUAAAUAUAUACUGUAUAUGACUGCUAGUAAGUAUGAUACACAUUUUCAGAACUGAAAAUUCAUGCAACAUUUCUGUGUUUGCAUAAGGAAUGUUAUGUUUCUGUCCUAUUGCAGUUUAAUGACUGGGAAGAAAGACUCAAGCAAUGACAUUGUGAACAUUUCUUUUCUCAUUCCCAGGGGAGGAAAACAGAGUCUCAAAAAAUAGUAUGUCGCAGAAUUCUUCAGACAGCUUUACAUUCUAAUACAAAGGACAUAAAAUCUGUAGGGAAGAAAAGCACAAUGCAUAGAGAAAAUGACUGGUGGUCUUAUACCUGGGGAACAAAUCCUACUUAUUUCAGACAAAAUAUGCAUUAAAAUUAAAGCUCAAUUAAUUUUCAUUAUAACUGUUAGACUGUGUUCCAAAUCUAUAACUGACACAGUACUAAACAUAAGUAAAAAGACGUUAAACAUUAUCCAAGUGUAUGUGCAUAUGGACAUACAUAAAUGUCUCUAUGGACAUAUGUGUGCAUAUAUACACCUGUGCUGAGUAUAUGCACACGCAUUCAUAUGUUGGCGUGUUAAAGGAAUAAGCUAAUAAUAGUUUUGUUUCUAUCAUCAACCAGUGUAUGAAUAUAUUUUUGAGAAAACAGAUAAAUGUAUUAAAAAGAAAAAAAAACUAAAUAUACAGGGUAACUGGGCAUUUCUAAUAUCAGCAGAUCAAUGCAUAUAAUUCGUAUGGAGCAUUGCACCAUUUGACAUUACGAUAGUACUGUACCUCCUAGCAUCUGAAAUUAGACUAGUCCUCACAUUGCUUGCCUAUUUCUUCUCUCUCUUUUUAUAACAGCAUUGUCCACUAGUAAGUUUUCAAAAACAAUGAUGUCCUAAAGGAACCAAGAAAAAAAGGCAAAAAUAUUAAGUAUUUCUAGAAAAUAAUCUAGGGUGGGAUGGCCAGGGUACAAUACUAUAUCAGUAGUGAUCAUAACAUUUUGCUAUGUGUACAUAGAACAUACAAUGUGAGCAACCAUAACUUAAGCUGAGCGUGUGUAAAUAUUAUCAGAUUUCUUAAACAUUUUUAACUUCUAAUUUGUACUUUAUGGUAAGGCAAAAAGCUAAUUCUAUUUAUGGUUUAGGUUAAUGUGUCCUAAAAUUAUGUAAAUAAUUAAAUAAGCUGUAAAUGAGCAGUCAAUAGAUACAGUAUUGUUUAGUGACUUUUUUUUACUAAGUACAAUAAUUGCAGUGCUCUAGCAGAGUAAUUUAAACACCCUUUUGCAUAAACAGAUUUGGAUUACAGAUAAAAAAAAAGUACAGAAAGUACUGUAGUGUAUAAUAGCCAUUGCAACAAUGUUACUGCUAGCACAAUAGGUUCUUUUGUAUGGUUAAAAUGCUCAAGCAACAGAAGAUUGUAGUUUGGCACUCGGUACUCAGAUCAGCAUAAACCAGCAGGGCAUGAUUUUCACUUACAAUAAGGUACCUUUAUGUUGCUCCAGGAAGUGGAGAUGUAGAGGAAUACAGGGUAAGUGAGAAUUCAGCUGUUAGUGAUUUCAUUACAGAAAGCCUGCAUACUGCGUCUGUCUUUCUGAAAUCUGUAUCUCUUACGGUAUCUAGUAGUAGACCUAUAUUUUUCUUUGGAAAAAAAAAUUGUUUGACUGUCAUUAGAUAGUAUAGUCCCCCAAAGCCAAAGAAUCUUCACUCCAGAAAUUGUUUAAAAGGGAAAUCUAAUAAGUCACUGCUUAACACCAAAGGUAAAGCUUAAUAAAAUGCACUAGGAACUUUGUCUAAAUUUUUCAGAGGCAAAUGGAAUGUUGAUCAAAAAUACUGCCCUAUUCUUCUUUGUAAAAAUAGUAAUAAUUUAAAUAUCCAUUAAUAUUAAAUUGAAAUAGAUCAUCUCUACAAAAAUAUGCAACACAACCAUUUCAUAAAUAUAAAAUUAUUUUCUUUGUAAGUGCUUUGACAAAAAAAAGAAACUUAAAUGAUGAAAAAUCUCACCUAUACUUUCAUACUAAGGGUUGUAUUUUUUUAAUGUUUUUUCAGACAUGAGGUCAUCUAUUCCAAUUUGAUAAUGUUUUGUAUGUUUUCACUGUUACUGUCAUUUGGCAGAUAGUCACCAGGCUGUAUUGUUCAUGGUCUGUCCUAUUACUUUCAGUUGAAGACAAAAUGAGCAUUUGAAACAUGAUUAAUUCUAACAAGCUGACUAUGAUUUGACUUCUAUCACGUUUUUAUUUGCAUGGGUGUUUAAAUGGUUCUGUUAGUACUGUCUUUGCACAGUUCUGAUUUAUCUUUUUUACUUAGUACUAUUUACUUCAUAAUGUAGUAAUCAUCAGCCUUACUAAUGACCUUGUAGCCUUUCUUAUAUGCACAUAAUGCACAUUUUCCAAUGGCUAGAAAAUGCAAAAUACUAGUGGAUAUCAUUGCAUCAGAUCUUCAUGUCUUUCUCAAAAGGACUGCUAACCUCUGGGAUAUAUGAGGUAGUAAAAUGAUGAUUGUAAAUGAGUAGCACAUAAGAGAUAUUUUCUUGAAUUUAAACUUAUUGCAGCCAGUUUCAGCAUGUAAAUAUAUAAUAAUGUUGGCUAGUGUGUAAUUCUUGAACUAAAAAAAUAUAAAUAAAGAAAACCUAAAAGAA